CCCUUACUGUCACCUGCAUUGGAACAUCGAGACCGAGUUAUUGAGAAAAUGCAACGGCGCUAAUAAUAUCUUCCAAUUUAAAUACAAAACUGUGUGGGCUGAGUCGUCAGGUAAAUUUGUGCUCCAAUGAAAACAUUUCGCAACUACUUUUGCAAAGAUUCUAGCUUCUGAUCGGCCAGGUUAUUUUGUAUAGAACAGCUUUCACAAAAUACGAAAUGCAUCAUGGAUGUGUGUUACGAGGUCAUUGUGAGUACUGGGUUAUUAUUUUAAUGUUAAAUUAGCAACAUGCGCUUUUCAAAGCCGCAGAAGCAGUCUACUGUGACAUGUUGACUUCAUCGUUUACAGCACGACCUCGUUUGGACACAAGGCGCAGGCGCUUGAAGGGUGGAGAAACAAAAUAGUUUAGUUGCUAUGGUUUCCAUGACGUCCCGUUCUCGAAACCAAUAGGAGUAAGAUGCAGUUAGUCGGGAAAUUUGAAUUAAAUGAGACGGAACUGCCAGUGCGAGCGAGUGGAAGAAAAAAAUAAAAAAUAACAAAAAUAAUAGUCUAUUAUAAGACGGGAUUUUACCAGCGUAUCGGAGUCCGGCUAACGGUUAACAUGAGGAAAAGUGAGGUGUUGGCUGCAGAGUCUGUGGCAUGUUUAAACAAAGCCCUGUCCCACCUAAAGGAUAUCUGGGAGGAGAUUGGGAUCCCAGAGGAUCAACGACUGCAGAGAACGGAUGUGGUAAAGAAACACAUUAAAGGUCUGCUGGAUAUGAUGAUAUCUGAGGAGGAGAGUCUCAGGGAGAGGCUGCUGAAUAGCAUUGCUUUGUGCCGCAAGGAACUGGACACUCUGUGCAUGGAGCUUCGCCUGCCUCCGUUUGAGGAAGAGGAGGGAAACACAGUCCUGCAGCUUGAGAAGGACAUCCGCACACGACUGGAGGUAAUGAUGAAACAGAAGAAGGAGAGGAUGCAUGAUCUGAAGACCUUGAAAGAGCAAGACCAGGACCUCUGUGACAUUCUCUGCACCGAGCCUUACUGCAUUGACAGUGAUGCUGUCCCCAGCCUGGAGGAACUGAACCAGUUCCGCCACCACAUUGCAAGUCUCUGUGCAGAAAAGGAGCGAAGAAGAAGAGAGUUUGUGGGCAUCAAAAGGCAGAUAAUUUUGUGCAUGGAGGAGCUAGACCACUCACCAGAUACAAGUUUCGAGAGAGAUGUGGUGUGUGAGGAGGAGGAGGCUUUCUGUCUGUCCACAGAAAACAUCGCUAUGCUGAAUCAGCUCCUGAAUCAGCUGGAGAUGCGCAAGUCCCAGAAUGAGGUCCUUUGCGCGUCUUACCGCGACAGGAUCGUGGAGCUAUGGGAGAGACUGCAGGUUCCACAGGAGGAGAGGGAUGCCUUCUCUGUUCGCAUGGUUGGGUCCAGACCAAGUAAUAUUCAGGCUUUACAAGAGGAGGCGGAGCGUCUGCAUGAGCUGAAGCUACAGAACAUUCGGAAUGUAAUCCAAGCUAUCCGAGCAGAGGUGGCGGCCUACUGGGAAAAAUGUUUCUACAGCCCUGAGCAGAGGCAGGCCUUCGCACCCUACUAUGAUGAGGAUUACACAGAGGACCUGCUGAGUCUGCACGAUGCUGAGAUCCUGCAUCUGAAGCAGCACUAUGAGGCUCACAGAGAGCUCUUUGAAGGGGUACACAAAUGGCAGGAGAGCUGGACGCUAUACCUGGAGCUUGAUAGAAAAGCAACAGAUCCGGCAAGGUUUACAAACAGGGGAGGGAACCUUCUGAAGGAAGAAAAGCAGAGAGCAGAUCUUCACAAAAACCUUCCUAAACUGGAAAAGAAGUUGAAGGCACAGAUCGAUGACUGGGAGCAGGAGCAGGGCCGGGAGUUCCUGGUGAGCGGACAGAAGUUCCUGCAGUUUGUGGAAGAGCAGUGGGAGCUUCACAGGCUGGAGAAGGAAAGGGAAAAGCAGGCGCGGCUAAUGAAAAAGACCAAGCAGAUAGAAGAGGAGAUGCUGUAUGGCACUGCUCCACGAACUCCAUCCAAACGAAGGUUUCUAGGAGCAAACACUCCCGGUAAAGUGCGUAAGCUCAAUGCUACCUCAAUCUCUAGUGCCACUCCCAACAGUACGGUACGUUCUGCCUUCGGUGGGACUCUCUGUCACUCCCCUGUGUCCCGUCCCCCACUCUCAGGAAGCAAGCCUGUCCAGCCGAUUCGAACCCCAGGACGCAGCAAGCCUCCCCGCAUGGGGGUGCUGGACCGGAACAAGGAGAAUGUGUCCCAGUUGAAUGGAACUGCCAUGAGUGGUGCGUUCAAGGGCACAGCUAGUCCACAGCGUAACUUCAGCAAUAACUCUGUUGCCAGCACCUAUUCUGAGUUUGUGAAGGAUUUUGCCUAUACAGACUCUACCGCCCUCAGUUCAAGCGAGAACUUUCAAAAGCAUCCAAAUCUAACUGCAACUCUGGAGUCCUAAACUCUACUAUUACCAACCAUCGCACCUGAUGCCAGCAGCGGUUGGAAAUGGAAAGUAGCAGGGCAGGCUUUUGGAGUACUUUGUAAAUGUGGGCUUUGGGUGCAUUGAUUUUAAUGAAGGUAAACUUUUAAGAAAAAUAUACAAACGGCAGCAUAACCAGACAAAAUAUAUUUAACUCCUAGUUUUAAAAUUGGCAAGCUUUUUUAUAAUAACACUAUUUUUUGUUCAUUCUAAUUAAUUCUAAGAAAAUGAUGUGCCAAGUUAAGUUUGACCUUGUGUUUUUUUUUUUUUUUUUUUU